AUGCUUCUAUUGAAUAAUUCAUCAUUUUACUUCAUUAGUGAUGGUUCCUUGACUGGACCUGCUGUAAAUGAAGAUAGUAGUACUGCAGAAGGGUCCUCUUCAGCUGCAAAUCAGGAAGUGGGUAAGGAUGUACUAGUAAAAGCUGCACUUGACAAAAUGGAGGAGUUGAAGAGUGCCGAUGACUCUAAAAGCAUGCCCACUGGUGAAGAGUCGAGAGAAGAUCCAGAGUCUAAAUUGAUGUCUGAUCAUCGAACAGAGGCUGGUGGUGAAAGCAACAAGGAAAGGGACAAAGACAAAGACAGGGACAGGGAUAGGGAGAGAGAAAGAACAAAGAGCAGAGUUCAUGAUAGAGGGAGAGAAUCUGAUAGGGAACGAAGACGCGAGGAUAGCGAAAGGGACAGAGAUAAAAUCAAGGAAAGAGGCCACCCUUCGAGGGACAAAGGAAAAGACUCUGGACGUGUCAAGAAAUCAAAACAUCAUUCUUCUCGAGCUCGUCUUACUCAUCAAGGGAGAAGGAUCGCCGUAAACAUCAUUUGUAUGCAUAAACUGGGUUGAAAGGUGCUAUUUUAUUUCUGUUACGCUGCUCAAUUGUAUGUUAUUUUCUUGCAAUUAAAUCAUUCCGGAUCGAACGACAUUAGAAAGUACUUUUAAGGUUAAAGUACAGUUCCCUCAAUAGUGGAAACAAUGUUGACAAGCAGUCUUCCAAAACCAUUGAUAGUGAAUUUUGGUACUUCUAAGGAGAAACAUCAUUUCUUUAUCUUCGUUUAAUGUUUUUGUUGACAACCAUUAAGGAAACGAUGAACUCUUGUAUUUCUGUUUUACGUGAGGCUUUUUGGACAAUCGUGCUGCUGUGAAAUUAUUUGAUAUGUUGAGGUCUGAUUCGACUAAUAUAUUAAUCUUAUCUGUUAAGCUUUAGCUAUGAAUAAUUUAGGAUUGAUCUUCUUCUUCUUCUUUUAUUUUUUUUUCCUUGGGUCAUACAUUCCUUUCAUUUGGCGCAUUUUCCUACAGCUCUACGCCAUUGUCUUUUCUUAAAAUUUCUCUCUAAGUUGAGAAAAUUCGUGGAUGUUAAACUAGUCAAUUCAUCCUUUCUUAAUUUCUAGUUUCUGCUGCAUCUAGAGUGUAGAAUACAUGUUGUAAGUGAUUUAGCCCUUGUUUGACAACCAUUAUUUGGUAAAAACUGUGUUUUGAAUAGUAGUUUUGAGGAGAAUGUAUAGUU